UUGGGCGUCUCGUACUAUGAGAAAAGUAGUGCGUGGUGCAGAGGGUUAUCCCGGUGAUAUUUUCGAAUAAUAGUAUAAAGAAAUUGUAUUACUUGCCUUUUAUUUUCACGUAGACGCGUAUCUAGUAAAAAAGUGUCGAUUUAUAAUCUCGAAUACAACGAAAGUGUCGAUUUGUAUUGGUGGCGGAGGGAUACCAGCAUCCCACUGCGCGUCAAAAUAUUGGCUUGGGGAGACCGCGCCAAAGCUCAGACAGCGGCCACUCUUCAGGAUAUCAACACGCAGCGGAGGGCCUUUAAACGCACUCUACUGUCGCCACGGCUGCUACACACAUCGGAGUGUUCGUUGUUUUUAUUACCUAAGAGGGCUUUUUUCGUCGGAGAUACUCGAGUCAAGACACACAUUUCAGAUUUCAUGCCGGUUUUUGGGGAAACGGUGUACGACUUAACUGUCGUGACGCGACUUUAACGGGCGCGGUGCGGCGGACUUGGUGCACUGCUGGACUGGAUAUAUUAACGGUUACCCGCUUGAAGCCAAGAACAUUUAUACUGCGCCUGAAUUCACUUCUCUCCUUACUAAACUGGUUUCCAAUCGACUCUCAACGGGUGAAUAGGGAUCUUCUACGCCGGCUUCUCAGCUUGAAUAUGUUGCUGUCAAAGUUUGGUUCAUUUUCGCAUAUUUGCAAUCCUUCAAGUAUGGACCACCUACCAGUGAAAAUACAGCUCCAGCCGGUCAAAGUGGAAAAGGAGCCCUUUGACAAGGUUUACCAGGUGGGAUCUGUGCUGGGCAGCGGAGGAUUUGGAACCGUGUACGCCGGCAGCCGGAUUUCCGAUGGCGCACCGGUUGCUGUGAAGCAUGUUGCAAAGGAGAGGGUGACCGAGUGGGGCACAAUUAACGGAGCGAUGGUGCCUUUGGAGAUCCUGCUGCUGAAGAAGGUCAGCUCAUCUUUUCGCGGAGUUAUCAAAUUGCUGGACUAUUAUGAGCGUGCGGACGGCUGGCUGAUCGUUAUGGAGAGGCCGGAGCUCGUCAAGGACCUUUUCGACUUCAUCACCGAGAAGGGCGCCCUGGACGAGGACACGGCGAGGGGCUUUUUCCGCCAGGUUUUAGAGGCGGUCAGACACUGCUACAGCUGCGGUGUGGUACACAGAGACAUCAAAGAUGAAAACCUGCUUGUGGAUCUGCGCACUGGGGAGCUCAAGCUUAUUGACUUUGGCUCAGGGGCGAUUCUCAAGGACACAGUCUACACCGAUUUCGACGGUACAAGAGUGUACAGCCCGCCAGAGUGGAUCCGCUUCCAUAGAUACCACGGUCGCUCGGCGACGGUGUGGUCGCUAGGCGUGCUGCUGUACGACAUGGUGUGUGGAGACAUCCCCUUUGAGCAGGACGAGGAGAUCCUCAGAGGGAGACUGUACUUCAGGAGGAGGGUUUCAGCUGAGUGCCAGCAGCUGAUCAAAUGGUGCCUGGCCCUGCGUCCAUCAGACAGGCCGACCCUGGAGCAGAUUUGCGACCACCCCUGGAUGAGGGCGACAACAGAAUCACCCAAAUCACCAGAGGAGCCGGUCGCCGGUGACAUCCGCCUCAGGACCAUCGACACAGACUCUUCGUCAAGCACAACCUCAAGCAAGGAGAGCCUCUGAGGACGGCUCUGAUGGACUGAAAAGACUUUCUGGGGAAAGAAGGGGUGGGGAUGUAGGGAGUAAUAUGGACUCAAGGCCAGCAGCCUGUAGCCCAGCUGGCCUGUCAGCGGCUGGGCACUUGACACAGCUGGACCGGCAAGAAAAAUGUACUUUAAUUUUCCUCUUUUGUAGGGAAUUUCUAAUUUAUUACUGUUUGUUCUUCCUUAUCUUAUUUUCCCCCCAUCCCCCCCUUUUUUUUUUCUUUUAGUUGAUUAUAUUUGUUUCCUAAUUGGGAACAUUUUGCUGUUUGGGCGGUCUUACCAGCACUAUUUAUCCCCCUCUCCCCCUUUUUUUUUAAAACUUUUGUUUUACUUGUUUUGUUAAUAGGCUGGUAUAUACAGCUGGCAAGGCCCUCCUAUUCAGACAUGGCUGCUCUCAUAGAGCUUGGAGAAAACCUUUUUAUUUAAAUGUUUUAAUUUUGAUUUUGGAGUGCCUUUUUUUGGAAAGCUGCUUUUCUGGGGGGCUUUCGUCAACAACUAUGUUUUUGUUUUUGUUUUUUUUUUUUGUUUUUUGAUUGCCCGCGGCCUGGCGGCUAAGUUGCCUGUGCUGUGAUGGAGGAGGGUGUAGGCUUCUUCUUAUUUUUUUUCUCUUUAUUUUUUUUGUUUUUUUGUCCCCCUCUCCAUCACUGUAAGCCAACCGGCCCCCAGCCAAGAGGCUAAGAUAGCAUUAGAUAGGAGAGAAGGAGGUGGGGGCUCUUCCUGACAAUGGAAUACUUGAAACACACUCGACUCAACUCUGUGUCGCUCUCUCUAAAGCUGCUCACUCACUCUAUAGCCUGAACAGGUGUUUGGAAACUGGAUCCUGUCUUUUCUGAAUGUCUACAAAAUGUCAACACACACACACACACCUCUCCCCUCCCCCCACCGCCUUUUUCUCCUUCUCUUCACCCAUGCCUGUUGCGGGGUGUGUGGCCCUCUUCUUUUCUUUUUUGCCUCCCACCAUCUCACUGCUUAACACUACAUGGCCCCCGCCCCUGGCCUCCCUCAGGGUUUGGGGUGUGAAAUGCACAAUCAAUGCAAUAUUCAUGGACUCAAUUAUGCAUUUUUUUUUUUCGACAACAAAUAUUGUACAGCGUGUUUUGUUGUUUUUUUUUCUCUUUUUGUGUGUGUACAUUUUUUUUUUCCUCCCCAUUUGCAUUUAAUUUAUUUGUAAACAUGUAGACAUUCCACACUCUGUGGCUAUUUAUUUAUUUAUUGUCUAUGCUUAAACACCCUCCCUCAAAAAAAUUUGCAUAUCCUACUUGGCCUUUAGUUUGCAUUCCUUUAUAACUUAUUUUUUACAUUUCGACAAUGGGUUUUCUGAGAUGUGGAGGAUGCACUGACACGGUUGUCGAUGUAAAGCAGAAUAAAAACGAGUUUACUUAAA